GCUGCGUUCUUGUUACGCAUGUAACGUAAUGGCGGCGUCCGUAUAGUUACGAAGUCAUGUAUUUUUCUGUUUCUUAAUAUUUAAAAGAAAUAUUUGACACAUUAAGGGGCAAACGAGGAGUUAGUAAACUUCCCCGAACCUUCGGGUUCUUACUAUUGCAAGGCUGAGAUAAAACAAUUGCUGUUUCAGUCACAACAUCAUGUCAGGGUCAAAUGUUUGGCAUCGUAGCCGAGAUAAGUUGAGACGUUUUUCAGAAUUCUUUGCGCAAUGUUCGGAGGAGGCAUCAAUUUAUGGCAAAUGUGUUGCAGCGACCACAACAAACAGACAAGAAUUGAAGAAAGACCAAUGUGCUAAAGAAUUUGCAGCCCUCAAGAUGUGUUUUGAAAAUGCUGCCAAGAAACACUCCAGAUGAGUGGAAAAUCCGGAUUUGCAAUAAAGUCAACAGACGACUUGUCAGACUCAGAAAAGGACUAUACGUCACGUAAAAAAAUAAAAACAUUUGAAUGACCA